CUGGGUCACGUGAUGAAUUAAUUGGGUCUGCAAGUGCGGAAGAAGCAAGUUCACAGUCACAAACGGGAUAUGAAGGAACCAGUGAUUAGCAGGGCUGAAGGAGCUAGACUAGGGCUUCAUCAUACAUUGUGAGGGGGGCAUAGGAAGCCGAAACACUCUGUACAGAUAUGAUGAAGGGGCAUCCAGAACACACUGUAUACAUAGGGUAAUGGGGCAUCCAGAACACACUGUAUACAUAGGGUAAAGGGGCAUCUAGGUACAUAUGUAGUGUUCUGUCACUGACAACAAUGUUUUUGUCUAUACACACAACCUUGGAUUGACUAUAGUAUUUUUAUCUACACAUUUAGUAAUUUAUUCACAUUUUAUAUGUAUGUUUUUUUAUACAGCACAGACAUAAUUUUAAGUUAGAGGAAUAGGAUGGGAAUUAACUUGUUUUAGUUGGUAUUUUAGAUAAAGGGAUAUUUUCCAAAACUGAUGUUUAAAUAGGGAAAUAUAUAUAUAUAGCUAAUUUAAGCUGUGGACUCGCCACGGAACCGAAAGUUGAACCGAGCAGAUGGUGAAACUAUUUAGUUUAUGACAUCCAAUAACUACAGAGCUUUACAGAACACAAGUAUGGAUGGAGAGAAAAGUCAUUGGCGGUUUGGAUCCUUGUCCCUACCAUCAAACUUCUCAGAUUGUCCCCCCAACAGCUCUCAGUGGAUCUGGAAUGUAUUUAGCGAAUGUGCAAAUGAAGGGCGAGAUGUGGCCAGCGUGGUUUUAGGACUGGUUUCCAUCCUUUGCUUCGUAGCCUCUUCCUUCCCACAGUACUAUAGGUCCUGUAAGACUGGAAAUAUGGACAAGGCACUUUCCAUCUGGUUCCUGAUGGGAUGGCUGGGCGGAGAUUCUUGUAACUUUGUGGGAGCCUUCCUAUCGCACCAGCUUCCCUUACAGACGUACACUGCUGUCUAUUACGUGCUGGCGGAUCUACUGAUGCUUUUCCUGUACGUGUAUUAUAAGUUUAGGAACCAGGGUCCAAAUUUGUCCACCCCAAUAAACGCUGUGUGUGGCUUUGUGGUCUUUGGUUCCGUAGCAGUGAUUUCUUCUCUCCAGAAGCCCGAGCACGAUCUAUCAUACUCUGCUGUUGGCAGACGGCACCUGCUUGCAGUUAACGAGUCAGGAGAGGAGCCAUUUACCACUCAAGACAUAAUCGGAUUUGUAAUCGGUUCCAUUUCGUCGGUAAUGUAUCUAUGUUCCAGGAUUCCUCAAAUCAUAACCAAUUUCAAGAGAAGAUCAACAGAAGGCCUGGCGCUGUCGCUGUUUUGCCUCGUUAUUCUCGGUAACCUGAUGUACGGGCUUAGCAUUCUCCUGAAGGCACCAGACAACGGGCAGUCAGAGAGCAAUUAUUUGUUGCAUCACCUGCCCUGGCUCGUCGGCAGUCUGGGUGUGAUGAGUCUGGAUGUUAUUAUCAUUUUUCAGUUUAUUCUCUACCAUAAGAAAAGUUCCAGCUCUUUGGACGAGACUACACCGAUUCUUGGUCAGCAGAGGAGCCCCAUCUAUACCUGAAAGUUAUUUUAUUAACAAAAAAGGGACCUAAAUAUGGACACGUGCCAAGUUGCACCCAGCCACAGCAUUACACAGAUAACCCUACACCCUCUCCUCUAUCUUAUUCAGCUCUCGGCUGCAGCACUUUUUUUAAAAAUAAUUUUUGUUUUAUAUAAAGCCAGAGAUGCUAUAUUUUUUAUCCCCAUCACUGUGAGAUCAACACAUUUUUACCCAGAAAAAUCAC